AAAAUCUUCUUUUAACGAUGAUAAAUUCUAUUUUUAUUAGAUCAUUCAUACCCAUACGUUCUUGAUCAUGCCGUAAAUCUAGAGAGCAAACAUUUGUGAGUGUCAGAAAGUGUGUCUCUUAUAUAUUAAAACACAUGAUCAACGAUGAUGAGUACUCGAGUUCUAGGGUAAGAGUAAAGAUUGACCUAGGAUACGGUUGUUCGUGUUAACAACGAUAAGAACUCGAGUUUGCGGUUCGAAAUUGGUGUUUUCCUCGAAAUUUUUCUAACUGGAUCACUUGUGUUUUCUUUGUUAUGUUUUGUUUGUAAUUUUCGUUAUCAUUUCAUUUUUCAGUUUUUUCCCGUUGUCAAAAUUUUUAAAAAAGUAAAAUUACUUAACAUUGAUACCACGUAAAAAAAUAUUGCACUAUGGUAAUUUUAUAGUGCUUAUCUCUUAUAAUAGUUACUUUCCAUAAAUUUUAAAUGAUAAAUUCAUUUAAAAUGUGAUAAUGGUAACUAUGAGUCUAUGAAUCUAUGAUUGUAAAAUCAUGUAUUUUAGUUUAUGAUAUUUCGACGCAUUCUUUAAUUUCGUGCAUAGCGAAUUUGAUUUACAUUUUUCUACAAAAGUUUUUUUUUUUUUUUUGGUAUAUACAGAAAUUGGGAGGAUAGUUUGGUUACCAACAAAAAUAUAUUAUUGGGAGGGGGUAUAUGUUGAAAGGUGAGCAACUGGCAAGUGGGCACAUAUUACAUGAAUGGGCCAUUUUCUAAAGUGUUUGGAUUGCUUGUCCAACAAUAACUAUCCAACAUUCACUUGUCCAAUUGCUUUCUAGCUUUUGCUUUUCUGCUUGCCCUUUCAAUUAAUACACAAAUUUAUGUAUAUAUACAUUAUCCACCUACAUAUAAAGUAUAUACAUGAACUUUCGUUUUCUUAUAAAAUGAAAACUAUUAGCAUAUUCCUAAAGCUCUCAUUUAUUUUCGUAUGAUCAACUUGGUUUCUUAGUUUUUUUGUUAAUGGGCUUGAUUUUUUAAUAACUCAAGAGAUAUCUUGAAUUAUAUAAACCCAAUGAAACAAAACGUGACAAUAAAAUAUCUCAGACCAAAAUAAACAAUUUUAGUCAAUAUGGGCUAGAUUAUAGGCCCAUAAAGGUCAACAAAAUUACAAAACCUCUGUUUUCUUCAGACAGCUUUCGAGCUUCGUUUGUCAGACAGAGAACACGUGGCACUUCCUUCAGCACCUCUGUGUCAAAGCACCGUGAGAGACAAUGGUGACGCGUGUGACCAGACGGCGUUUAAACCCUUUUACCAAAAUCUCAUCUUUCUUCUUCUCCGUCGUCGUCAUCGUAAUAUCUUUAAUCUGAUCGUUUUGUCGAAGCACAAGAGGCUGAAUCAACAUGGAAGGCACAAAGAGAAGUUCUUUGGGUGCGCGAAAGAAACUAAAGAGGAAGAAGUGCAGAAGACUUGUCAGAAGCAUUGUCACCUACCUCAAAUCUGAUACAUACUUGUUUGCUCCUCUGUUUUCCAAUUUUCCACCGCUCACGACGGAGAUAGAUACGCCUCCGCCGUCGAAUUCCAAACCAUCCACUGUGGACGAUAUCUCCAUGGAAGGGUUUGAGUCAUUGGGGAUUGAGAAGCUUAUCAAGAAGAGAAGAAUGUCUGAGAAAGUGAAGGAAUAUCUCAAAUCUGACUGUUAUAUGUACUCACCGAUGAUCUCCUCGCCUCCAAAACUUGGUUCUUCGGUUAAAGGUGAGAGCUUUGUACCCUAUACGCAUCUUCUAUCUGUGAUUAGCAUGUGUAGUAGUUAGGUAGAUUCUGCAUUGGGACUGAGAUGCUUUUUGAAGCAGGGAAAAUGCAGAUUACGAUGGAAGUAUCGACGAAGUUGAGUACUACAACCAUGAAGGAAGAUGACAGUGGCUAUAGGAAUCUCCGGUCAGAUAUUGCAGAACAGACAUUGCAUAAGGGUAGGAUCAACUCUCCAAAACCAGCACUGGUCAUCUUAGAAGGACAACGAACUGGACUUGGCCGUGAAACUGAUCUUUCACCAGCUUUUUCUUCUCCAACAGGUUUGUUAAUUGAUUGCACCAAUCAUGGUAUGAAAAUGGAAUUUGUUAGAAGGUUCUUUAAACAUUGGAUUACUAAGUAGGUAGCACAAGUCUAAUCCUCCACUAGUGAGAUGUGGAUAAGCAUAUAUGUAAGUAGUAUAUAUAAGACUGGCUGGGGUUAGGGUUAAUGGUCUUUCACCAAUUGGCUUAGAAUGUCUAGUAGCAAAUUUAAUGGAAGAAACUGAAAAUGUGAUAUAUUCUGAAGACAGAACCUCUGCCUUCCAUAAGCAUAGACAAUAUAAGAGUUGUGUAUCUCUUCCCAAAGUUUGUUCAAGUUUAAGUUGGAUAAGGCUUUGUGAAAUUUGUUGACUUGCUUGAGGUCGCAAACAAAUGUUGCAAGUUCAUAACUAGUGAGAGAUGCAAAAUACUUUAAUGGUUUUUAUUAGCUAUAUGACAGGGGAAAAGAUGGUGAAGCCAGAUCAAAGGAGAGUUACAAUUGAGUGAAGAUAGUAAUCUCGACUUAAUAGACACAAUGUAAUCAUUGUAAAAUACAAAUUAGUUAGAUUACAAUAAUUAUAGUAGCUAGCUCUGAAAGAAGAAGAAGAAAAAUAGUUUUUGUGUGAUUCUUGUUGAUAAGUUUGAAGGAAGUGAUGUAUGAAUGAGAAUGACAAAGAUGUGUGUCUGUCUGAAACAUAUUGCCAUGUUAGCUGUCUCUUUGAUGAGUAGUUGUAUGUCAAAUAUAACUGUUACAAUUCAGCAUUAUCAGCCUUCUUGUUAUCUCACCAUUUCAAGGUUUCAUUAAAAAAAGAC